AUGCCGGGCUUACCACCGCUUGCGCCGGUCCCACCUCCGGAGGUGCAGCGCAACAUCCCACCCGCGGAAUGGGAGCUCUAUAUAGAUGCUUGGAUCAUGCUUCUGGGCUUGCGCGUUGAAGCUCCCGCGUCUCAGUUCAAGGAGCAUGCCUUGAACGACGAGUCUACAGUGGCAUUCUUGACUUCUUUCUACCGCCUAUCGAUUAACUCCAGCUUAUUCCGGUCUCAGACGGCGCCGAACACACGCUCAUUGCGGAAAUUAUGCUUUCUCCUCACGCGGAGGCUUCUCCUCGAGGUCUCGCCCACCCCGCCGGAGCUUGUGGAUUGGAGGGUUCUUGCUGGCAUGUGUUGCUGUUACCCCUCGAGCUCCGCAUUGAAGAGGCUACUGGCUGAUGCAUGGGACAAGCAUGAGGAUGCGAUCACGUCCAGCCUGGAGAAGGCCAAGGCCCAAGCAAUCAGGGAUCUCUCAUCCUUGAACCUCAGCAAACCUUCCGGGGUGCUAGUGGAUCUCAGACUUCUGACGAUCCUGUCAUCGGUCCUGCCCGGCUGCGGCCAGGUGCUCAUGGCCGGCUCCGACUUCCUCGAUACUGUAGUAGACGCAUAUCAAGCACAUAAGCGCGAGGACGUCCGCAAAGUGCUCGUGGCGAAUGUCUACGUGGGGCUGUGUUCCUUUCUCAAGAGCUCCAAGCCCAACCUGUCGUCGCUCCUGGAUCAGCUGUACGGGAUGAAAGCCAGCGCCGGGGUUGGUAGCAGCACGAAGAAGGAGCCCACCCUGCUGUCUGAGGUCAUCUGCAGCACCGACUUCCUAGGCCGCCUCGACCGCCACCUCAGCACAGAUGUCAACCCUCAAAAGCGCGGCCAGGACCUCCUCACCAGCCUGCGCGCAUACCAAGCCGAAACGCAACACCUACACCGCCGCUACCAGAAACCGCGCAAACGCACCGCCGCCGUCAACAAAGGCAAAGGCCGGGCCACGAAAGACGACCUGCUGCCCAAGGCCGCCGAGGACCUCCAUAUCCACAAGAUGUCCCUCAUCACGCAAGUCCAAGACCUCUUUCCCGACCUGGGCACCGGCUACAUCGCGCGUCUGCUUGACCACUACAACGACGACCCCGAAACCAUCGUCGCGCACCUCCUCGACGACUCCCUGACCCCCGAACUACAAAUCCUCGACAAAUCCGAAUCUCUGCCCACCCCAUCCCCUUCAUCAAAUACCACCCACCACGACCCCUUCCCCCCACGCUCCCCAACCUUACCCAGUACAACAACAGCGCCCCCACCCCAGCGCAAGAACAUCUUCGACAGCGAAAUCGACCUCGCCGAACUCUCCCGCUCCGACACCACCUCAAACCAACAAUCCCUCCGCUUCGGCCGCGCCAACCCCACCCUCACCGCCGACUCGUUACUGUCAGACCGCUCCAACCACGCCGCCCAAAAAGCAGCCAUCAUGUCCGCCCUCGCCACCUUCGACUCCGACGACGACGAACGCGACGACACCUACGACGUGACCGACGUCGGCGGCACGGUGGACACGACCGUCGCCGCUGCCGAGGACGAAACCCCCAGGGCCACAACCACCAGUGCCGAAGAAACCGAACUCACCCUCUACCGCGCCUACCAAUCCAACCCGGCGUUGUUCGCCCGCGACUCCGCGACGCGGCGCGCGCAGCCCCGCGCCGCGCUGAAGCGCGAGACCGGGAUGACCGACGAGGCGAUCGAGGGGUGGGCGGUGAUGGUGGCGCGGGAUCCGAGGCGGUUGAGGCGGUUGGAGGAGGCGGUGUUGGAUGGCAAGGGGGGAAGAGACGGGGGGUUGAAUCAGCCGGCGUUGGUCUCCACGGCUUAUCGGCGCGGUGUUGAGGAUGAAGAUGCGGAGGGUGGGAGUGGGAGUGGGGGUGAGAUAGCCUCGAUGAGAGGGAGGGGUGGUGGUGGUGGUAGGGGCAGAGGGAGAGGUGGGAGAGGGCGAGGUGGCGGACGCGGUGGUGGUUUUGGUGGUGGCAGUGCUGUCGCAGGGGACAGUCAACAGAAUCCCGCUGCGGCGCGGCAGCGCAAAGAGGAGAAUAAGGCUAGUCGGGCGAAUCAUAAUCGGAGGCAGCAGAGGGCGAAGAAGGUGGCGAGGGCCGGGGGCUUGGUUGGUUAG